AUGCCACUCAAACAGUUGAAAAAGCCUUUGAAGGCCGAUUCUGUGGCUAAGAAGGAAUACUACCGUCUCUGGAAUCGAUCCGAGGAGCUACGAAAGGGUGACAACAUACCGCUUGUUGUGGCUGGUCCGGCGCGAGUUGACAUUGAGAGUCACGCAGAUGGCUUCGUUGAGAUGUUUCGUAACAAUGCGCCCACCCUGGAUGAUGCCGAGUUGGCUUCCUUGGUCGAAGUCUACGUCAACGAGAUGAAUCGAGUCUACGAUGCACGGGCUACUGCCGCUGCUGCCCCGAAGCAGGUCAAGGGUCACCCGAACACGCAUAAUUCCGAAUCGACACCUAGCAUGAACGCCAAUGCUGUCCUACCUGCUAAGGCCUUUGCUGAACCAGCCAUCGUCGUUGCUGUCUUUAGAGCUCGGGCAGAUUCUAUCUCGAUCACGUAUCCGUUGCUUCAGGGCGAGAUGCAGGUCUUGUGUCCUUUCACUGCCAUACCAAUGUCUGCCCUCCCCACCGAUUCUACCAAGUUAUUGCGCAACGCUGCUCAGUGGAUCGUCCAAGGUCUUCCAACGGCUUCACAGGUCAACGAAGCUACAGCUCAAGAGUCCGACACUGGCGAAGAUCCAACUACCGACGUCGCGUCGAGCGAACUCCCUGUCGAAGCGUCCGGCACGAAGGACCUUCCUACCGAUCGCCUCUUCAGCGGUGGUGCCCGUCCCGGCUGCUCCGAGAACAUGAGAGAAGGCUACAUCGCACACCACGAACACAUGACCUACUACAUCAAGUCCCUGGUCGAUCUCAAGAACGAUUGCUGGGAUCGCCGCAAUGUGAACUACAAUCACUGGCUCCGGGAACUAACCAAGGCUGUUGGUCAGGGUGAAGCACUCCCACUCCUGGUGGUAGUCGUCGCUCAGAAGGAAGAUGACAAACCCAAAGGCGAGACGUAUGGAGUCCUCAAGCGUCCACGUAGUCAGGCCGAUGUCGAGGAGCUCGAGAAGAAGGCCAAGCGCCCGAGAUCCCACAACUGA